AAAAUAUAUUUUUUUAUGAUUUUAACAUUUUUUUCUUCAAAUGGGGAGACUUAGUCGACAUAGAAAAAUAAAAUCAUGCGACCCUUUUUAUAAAGGACGGAAAAUUUUCGAUACAAGCUCUAAUAAUCCUGUUAAUGUCUCUCAACUGGAUCAUCAACCGGUUCCAAGGAAAGCUAAGACUUUGUUAAAUGUAAGGAUUUCAGUGAAACAAAAAGAAAAGAAAAAGGUUGUCAAUAAUGGUGUGAGGAAGCAACUUGAUAUUGAUAAAAAACCAGGAGAGACUCGGAGAGAAUUUUAUCAAAGAUUAGAUAAAGAAGCUGCAGAAGAAAUAAAUAAAAUUCUUUUGAAACAGAAACAUGUCAGUCAAAAGAGAAAAGAAUUCUUAAAGAUACGGAAGCAAAAACGCAAAGGAAGGAAACUACAAGACCUAGAAAAAGACUUCACUACAGAAAAAAUUAAAUUUGGGGAUAUUGUUGAAGAACCACCAAGUUUCACAGCUACACCUAAGCAAAAGACUGAGGCAAGUAAAAAUGAUCGAGUUAAAUCAUUGCUAUUAAAUGAUAAAUUCAAAAGUAACGCAGACAUAAAUCAUGAGCAAGAAGCUACUAUACCACUAAAGACAAAAAAACGUAAACACAUGAAUGCAUUUGAAAAGCAGAUCAGUGAUAAAGUAAGACUUGAUGCAAUCAAUGCUUAUAGAAAUAUAAAAAAGAAACGUUCAGGAAAAACAUGAUUGAUAAAUAUGUUAUGGGUUAUGUAACAAAUGUAACAUUUAAUUUGAAACAAUA